CAGUGCUAAUAAAAACGUCCCCGACAGACUAUCGGAGACGCCACAACUCCGAGGGCUUCCAGUGCCAAUCUAUUGCAGCCAAAUAAAGCCUUCGCUUGGAGUCUUUGGUUAGACCGUGAUGGGAUGUGCGUGCCGCCACACUGGAAUCGUUCACUCGCCAGUCGCAGAGACGAACUGAGAUUAUUACCGGAGUUUCAUGGGAAUGCGGCAGCGUGAUUAGCGUCAAUCGGUCUUCAAACGGAGGAUUUUCCAAACAAGAUCUGGAAUUGGAUUCAUUCGAUCUCUGUCUCUCUUAGUUUCUGUUGAACUUUUAAAGGUAUCAUGUGGACGUGUCGGCGCUUGCUGACCACCCUGACGAGGAGGAAGGUGUGGGCGGAAAACUCUCACCAGGGGCCUGGACGUGAGCGAUGUCUCAAUAUCGUCGACCUCGUCGGACUAGGCUUGGGAGGAAGCACUGGACUCGGGGUCUACGUUCUGUCGGCCUAUAUUGCGCACGUGGAAGCAGGUCCGGCGGCCAUUUUGUCUAUAAUCCUUGCCGGAAUUACCGCUCUACUUUCAGGUUUCUGCCAUGCGGAGAUGUCGGGCAGACUUCCGGUCAGCGGAAAUAGCUACAUGUUCAGCUACUCCGUAGUGGGAGAGUUAUGUGCCUUUGUCACUGGGUGGAGCUUACUUCUCGAGCACGUGCUUGGCGCCGUGGUAGCAGCGAAGGGGUGGAGCCACUAUCUCGACUAUAUGCUCAACAAUACAGUAUCAAGUUAUUUCUCGGAGCACACUCACUGGCAAGUGUCGGGUGUAAUCGACAGUCAGCCGGACGUCCUCGCGUGUUGCGGCAUUCUAGUGGCGACCGUCGUACUCCUCUUUAGUGUGAAGAUCUACUCGGUCAUAAACUUUGCCCUCAUAACGACGUCGGCGCUGUUUGUGCUGUCUUUCAUCUGUGUUGGAUUCUUCCACGUGCACAUCAACAACUGGACUCGGCUGCCUGGUUUCUUUCCCUACGGUGUUCGAGGUGUAACGUCUGGGGCGGCAGUUUUCUUCUACGCCUUUACGGGCAUCGACAACAUCGUGACGUCGACGGACGACGUCAAACUCCACAGCCACAACGUCCCCGUGGCUAUAGUCACCACGUGCAUAUUAUCGUUGGUUCUCUAUUUCGGAACAGCGACAUCCCUGACUCUGUCCUUUCCGUGGAGGGAUAUUGCUGAAGUUGCUCCUUUAGCAAAGGCAUUUGAGGACAAGGAUAUUUAUGCUGCAAAAUACAUCGUGGGUGUUGGCGCUGUCCUUGGUCUGAGUGCAGGCAUAUUGGCCGCCUUGUACGUCAUUCCAAGAGUUAUGGUUUCAAUGUCCAAAGACGGGCUUCUUCCGUCCGUAUUUUCCCGCAUCAGUACGCGAACCGAAGCACCAAUUUGUGCGACUAUUCUAUUGGGCUUCUUCACUGCAAUCUGUGCUCUUGUUUUUGAUUUUUAUUCCUGCGUGGAGAUGCUCUCCAUAGCGUCGAUAUUUGCCUAUUUUCUGUGCGCCCUUUGUGUGCUAUGUCUGAGGUACAGCACGUGUGAUGUCGGUGUGUACAAGGAAUAUUCGGAAUUCGACAUGGAUGACUCUUCAAAAAAACCCAACAGACAUGAUGUAAGAAAACCCGAAAACAAUAUUCCCAAACUUGAAGUUUUCCACGACGGGAAUUUCAAUUUGCACUAUGCAAAUUAUACGACUCAUAUCAGGUGUGAUUACGAUAAGGAGUUAGGACGUUCCGCAUCGUUCGGUUCGUUACAAGAAAGAGAAGAGCGAGACAGUUAUGACGAAGAUCAAGAAGAAGAAGAAGAGGAGGAAGAGGAUGACGAACAAGAAGAAAUGGAAGAGGAACAAAACCACAAUAACCAUAUCAAAAAAUCAAAGUCGAGUUGUUCUGUCAAGGAAUCGUGUUACGAGACCAAAUCGAACACGUCCCUGAAGGAUGACGUAAUCACCUUCUCCGAAACCACGCAGCUGAGGGCCAGCAUGUCUCAGCAAAGCUUCAACAGUGUCGUCAUACUUCCGGGACAUGCGCAGACCGACCCGGACGCUCAGUCGUGGAAGCACACGAAAUCGUUCAUCCUCGCCUUCAUCGUCUCCAGUUCGUGCCUGUGUUGUUCGUUCAUCGUCAUCUCUCUAGACCACGAAAGCAGGACGUGGUGGGCUAUGGCCAUUUCGUGCGUCUGCGUCGUGGGAAUGAUCGUCUCGUCCUACCUAAUUUCGCGUCAACCACAAAACCGAGUCAAGACGCACUUCAGAGCGCCAUACGUCCCCUUCGUGCCUCUCCUAGCUAUGUUUCUGUCCAUGGUUCUCAUUUCGGCUCUGUCCAUGAUGGCCUGGGCUCGAUUUUCCGUCUGGCUGGUCAUUGGACUUGUUGUGUAUUGGCUGUACGGAGUUCGUCACAGUACCACUAGGGCGGAUGAUGACGAAGAGGUGGCUUUGUAUGACGUCACAGAACAACAGACGAAAGUUCCUGUUCAAUGACAUCACUGUGACUGCGUGGUUAUAAUUUUAAUAUACUUGUACUUGCUUAAAUAAAAUCUUAUUUUAUGUCUA